AUGGGCCCCAUGCGCCAAGGCCGCGGGGAGCCGUCUCCAGCCACGGACAGGACGGAUGCACCCCUGAUAGAGGGCAAGGAUGCCAAGGAUGCCGAAGACGGGCGUGUCGGAGAGGCUGCGGCUGCGAAGGUGAACUCCGGAAGCGGAGCCGCCGGGAGCGGAAGCUCUUCGCUGCUGACCAAGGCCUUGGAGGUGGCUCGCGCGGCUCGCUGCCUUCCUGCUCCUCCUGGUGGCUGGCUGGGGCCGUUUGGCUUCUUCCGCUUGGUGACCUACGUGUUCCUAGCAGGUGCGGUUUUUGCGGUGCUGCUGACGGUCACAGCUUCGGUGGGCCUCGGGAUCCCUCUGGUGGGUGGGGGCCCGGAUGGCUUCGCGGCUUUUGCCUCGUUGCUGUUAUGUUUUGCUUGCUUGGUUUGUGCUGGCGCCGCUUAUGCCCAUGAGGGCCUGGAGCAGGAGGUGACGGCCAUGCAGAAGCAAAACCAGCUCUUCCAGGAUAAGAACCAGCUGCUUGCAGCGCAGCUGGACGAGUUGAGUGGUGUUCGCCAGAAGCUGGAGGACGUGCGCCAACGCCUUGGUGAGGACCUGGAACACUUCGAGGCGACGUUGGUGGAGUUGCACGCGGUGAGCAGCGUGGAGGUUCUGCAGCUAAUGCUGGAGGCCUUCCUGAACGCUGACGACAGCCGGGACGGGCGGCUGGCAGAUGAGGAGCUGGAUCGCUUCUUCGAGGUCUGCAAGGCGCCCCUGCAGCAGGCGGCACCAGACUUCGACGUUGAGCAGCUGGUGGAAGAGGUCCAAGAUGUAGGCUUGGGGCUCUGCAACUUGCGGUUCCUGACCAAUGCCGCGGUGGCGGGCUGCGACCGCAUCCCCGGCCGGAGCACCGCCAUGUUGGCCUUGGUAAUGUUUAGUACGCACCCUGAGAAGUACGAGCACGAGUUGGCCAUCUCUCUGAAGUCUGUCCUUGGAUCCAGCGAUGAUGUGGUUGCAGCGUGGAUCCAGGACAAGAAGGCCAAGGCAGAUCCCCAGGAACACGGGCGGAUCCCAGGGCAUGAGCUCAUGGACCUCUCGCGCAUGGUCAUGAGCGCGCCCUUGGAGGCCAAGGACUCAACGGGCGAGCAGAAGGAGGAGGUUUGA